AUCACACUCUCCAAUUGCUAUCGCCCAAAUAAACUAUUUCAUAUAUUAAGCUUGCGUUGCAUCUCGUUCUCAUAAAUUUACAAAAUGGAGGAUGCUUUCAAUAACAAUAGCUUCAUCUUGCUAAAAUUUAUUUUUCUUGCUUUGGCUGUUGUGAACGCCGUGCAUGGCCAAGGGACGCGUGUGGGGUUCUAUUCCACUUCAUGUCCUCGCGCUGAGUCCAUUGUCAAGUCCACAGUUCAAUCCCACGUUAAGUCUGAUCCUACUUUAGCUGCUGGGUUGCUUAGGAUGCACUUCCACGAUUGCUUUGUGCAAGGUUGUGACGCUUCUGUGCUCAUUGCUGGUGCUGGCACUGAAAGAACAGCACCUGCAAAUCUUGGUCUAAAGGGAUACGAGGUUAUUGAUGAUGCAAAGACACAGCUCGAGGCAGCGUGCCCUGGUGUCGUGUCUUGUGCUGAUAUCCUUACCCUUGCUGCACGUGAUUCCGUUGUUGUGAGUGGUGGAGUGAAUUGGCAAGUGCCUACUGGACGAAGAGAUGGGCGCGUGUCACGUGCUUCAGAUGUCAACGACUUGCCUGGUCCUUUUGACUCCGUUGACUUGCAGAAACAAAAGUUCGCAGCAUUAGGUCUCAACACUCAAGACCUCGUCACCCUUGUUGGUGGACAUAGCAUUGGUACUACAGCAUGCCGAUUCUUCAGUAACAGACUAUAUAAUUUCACUGCAAAUGGUGCUGAUCCCUCCAUCGACGCUUCAUUUCUUCCACAACUACAAUCACUCUGCCCGCAAAGUGGUGGAGCUUCAAACCGUGUUGCGUUAGAUACCGGAAGUGAAAACAAAUUUGACACAUCUUUCUUUUCUAAUUUGAAGAACGGUCGUGGAAUUCUACAGUCUGAUCAAGCUCUGUGGAGUGAUGCUUCCACAAAGGCCUUUGUACAGAGAUAUUUGGGUGUAAGAGGCUUACCUGGCUUGACAUUCAACUUGGAAUUUGGAAGGUCAAUGGUGAAGAUGAGCAACAUUGGGUUGAAGACCGGCACUAAUGGCGAAAUUCGCAAGAUAUGUUCUGUUAUUAACUAACUAAUCAAACCAAAUGCAUAGCAUUUGAAGUGGUUUUAAUUUAAUUUUUUUUUUAUUUUUUUAUUUUUGGCAUAAGUCCCUGAAGUGUAUGAUAUGUAUUUGUAGUCCGAUUAUAUUCUUUUACUUAAAUUUUUUGUAUUG